CAUUGCACUGCAAUUACAGUUAAUACGUCUUCCAAGAUGAGGCAGUUCUUGCUAAUUGCAUUGAUAAUCUCAAUGUAUAAGUAUAACCUAGCUACCUCCUCAACUGCAAAUAAACUACAUAUCCUGUUCAUAGGAUCAUCGUACAGUGGUCCAGCACACAGUGUCCCCCAGUGGGCCAGAGGGGAGGAGCUCAUUCCUGGAGCACUCUUAGCUGCUCAAGAGAUCAACAGCAGAGAUGACAUACUACAAGAGUUGGAGAUCGAGGUGGUGCCAAUUGUAGUUCCUAACUGUAGUAUUGGAACAGGUAUUGUUAAGACAGUUGAACAGAUUCUCAAUCCAACGAGUAACAUUUUAGCAGUUGUGGGCUUAUUCUGUAACAGGCUAGCUGAGAUCAUAGUACCAUUAGCUAGCCGAGGAGAUAUUAGUCUGAUACAGCUGAGUGGGGCCACUGCACUAGGAGGUGGGCUGCACUAUCCACACCAUUACAGCACUCUAGCAGGAGUGGAGUAUCAUGCCAGGGCAAUACUGGACUUAAUGCAAGCACUCAAUUGGACCAAGAUUGGCCUACUAAACAGUGUCUCAGAGUUUGAUAACUACUAUGUGAAGGCAGCAGAAACAUUUGUUAGUGAAGCCAAAAAAAAUAGGUCAAUUGAAAUACUCCUCCAUGCAGAGGUGGAUGUUACAGUUGAUUAUGUUAUUAAAAAGUUGGAAAUGUCAAAGAUACACAUUGUAGUUGCUUUCUUCCCACCAUACAAAAGUUUUGAUCUAAUUUGCCGUGCAUAUCUCCAAGGCUUGACCUGGCCUAACUACGCUUGGAUCUUAUCAGAUGUUCCCCUACAAGACUUGCACAAGACUAACACAAGUGACUGCAAUACAGAGACAUUGUUGAGAGCAAUGGAGUAUGUGAUUGUGAUACAACAGGUCGUACAACCAGCGGAUCCCCAUGGUAACCUAGUCUCUGGGAGGAGCUACACUAGUUACAUGGAGGCUAUGACUAACCAUACAAACACAUUCAACCCAUUUGCCAACAUUGUCUAUGACUCAGUCUGGGGACUUGGUCUGGCUAUUAAUAAUUCACUGAGGGAACUACAAAACCAGAACAAAGUCAUUAACCCAUUUCAACAGUUUGGAUUACCCCACUCCGAUAACUUGAGCACAAUAAUUGAGAGUCAUUUGGUUGAGACACACUUUGCUGGUGCAUCGGGAGAAUUUGUGUUUAGAAAAUCGUCUACUCAGCAAUUAGAGCGGACAGUGCAAAUAACUCAAAUAAAAAACGGUUCAUUUAUUGUGGUCGGAUAUUUACACAGUAGUGGACAGUCAGCAUGCUUAAACAUAUCAAAGCUUGGUGCUACACUCCCCACAGUGGAUGUACUGCGUGUGUAUGACACUCUACACAUUGCUGUCACUAUCGUCCUUAUACUAAGUGUAUCACUUUGUUUUGUAUUUGUCAGCCUAGUUUUCAUUGUUUUCAUCAUGUAUCGAAACCAACCAGAAGUUAAAGCAACCAGCAGAUACUUGAGUUUGUGUAUAUUUGCCGGCUCCUACCUCAUACUAUUUGGUGCACUGACCCACACUAUAGGCAGCCACAGUGUGAUUGAUGCAGCAAGUGCAAGGAAUGCUAUAUGUGUAAUAACAACAUCUGCCUCCUCUAUUGGCCUCGACCUGAUACUAGCUACAACAUUGGCCAAGGCAUUACGUAUUGCUUAUGUGUUCACUCAUUUCAAGACAAUAGGGAAAGCGUGGUCUGAUCAGGCCCUGUUGGUACUCAUUGCUCUAAUAGUCACUGGGAAAGUGGCCGUACUGAUUCUAUGGUUCAGUUUGGAUCCCUACUACAUAGCCGAUCAGGACGCAUAUAUUAGUGAGAAACAACAUUUCAGCGUUACUCAGUAUUGCUAUUCCGAGCAGGUUGGAGUGUGGUUGUCCCUUGUGUUUGCCUAUACUGGUGUGCUGUGUGUGUUUCUGGUGGUCCUAGCUUACAGAACAAGAAGAAUCAAACGUGAGAAUUUCAAGGAUACCAAGAAACUGAAUGCACUGAUUGCUGGUAUCAUAAUGACCUCUGUCCUAUUCACAGCUAUGUGGGGGGUAUUGCGACUUUCUGGCUAUUCACAAAUUAGCAAGUUUAUACCGAGUGUUGGGUACAUGCUGGUCCCACUAUUAUGUCAAGUGUUACUAUUCAUACCGAAGCUUAUCCCACCUCUAAAGAGGCACAUCAAAACACUCGACACGUUUGGAAAGACCAAGUAUUCCCAUGUCAAAACUUAA